AUGGCCACUUCUCCGGCAGCCAUCGCAAAUAUACAAAAGAAAGUGUGGGCGGGUAGUUUACCGCUCGAGAUCCGACUGGCGAGUGCAGACUGCAGAACCUACGAUGAAACAGAUCCAUAUCUGGUAUGCUCCAUCUGUCUGAAAGUUUCCAAGAUAAACGAGAACCUACAAAGUACAAUAAGAACCACAUUUCCUGACCUCAUGCACAGANUCAACCUCCCACGUCUAUCCUACCUCGCCUUUCUACUGCCCCGUCUCCACGCCUUCUUCUCUCCUCAACUAAUAGACCCGUCCAUACCAUUUCACAAUGCUUGGCUGAGUUUUGAGAAUGUGGCUUUGAAGUACCAUUACCCAGUCGGCUUACUCUACGACCUGUUUUCUGGAGCCGCACCUUCGAAUCCAGAAGAUGAUGGCACCGAAGAUGUAACAGAGUUACUGCCUUGGAAAUUGACGCUGAGGUAUUCUGNNGAGUUUCCAGAUGAGCAGUUGAUGGGACUUGAUGCAGAGGGAAAGGUGUUGAGGGAUUGUUUUGUCAAUGCGGUGAAAGAGGCAGAUGUGAUACGAAACGGCAAAGGAAACGUGUACAUGGGUUUGAGCAAAGAUGACUCUGAUACAUUGUGGCAAGCAGUGCAGGACCACAACCUUGCCAAAUUCAACACGGUUCACAAUAAGCUGCUCAAUCCGCCUGGCACACCUCUCCGCAACAUCCCAAUCAAGAUCUAUCUUCCCACCACAGCACCGACAUCGAGCUCUGGUAGUGGCGAAGCGGAAACAGCGCAGGCCAGUAUAAGGACGGUGCAAGGUCUUAUUGCUCCACUAUCUGCAACGCGUAAGUCGAACACGAUAUUCAUGCGCACUUUUGUUUCUGCUGCAACACGAGCUGAUUGUUCUAUAUAA